AUGGACUCUGGCAAUUCUAACCAUGGUUCCCCUUCCAAACGCCAGAAGCUCACCCCCAAGGCUCACGAGCUGGGGGUGAUGCGCAAGUCCACCGACAAUGGCUCUGCAUCUUUCUUGGGCUCCUCCAGCGGAAUUCAUUUCAUUCGAGUUGUAUACAAUGCCUUUGCUCGACGGUCGGCCCAUUUAAAUCAGCCCCAGCAGGCGUCCAAAGACACGCAAGUUCCUGGAGAAGACGACCAGUUGCACCACCAGCACCAUCAGUAUCGACCGGAUCUGUGGCAGCCACAUGAGCUGAACCUUCACGCAACCACGAGCCUAUCAUCAUUUGAGGCCCUGGUUCAGUGGACGCGUGCCUACUUUGAGAAUUGGCAUCCAAUGUUCCCGUUUCUCUCUGGGCCGGCGUUCCUUAUUAUUCUAGAGCACCUCAGUCGUGAUGGGUUUAGCAACCUCUCCGUUGCAGACGGGAUCCUUGUCCGAUCCAUUGUCUCUAUUUCUUUAAUGGACCGCCGACAAACCAAUUCUCCAGGAAUGCAGGGCCCUGUCCCAGCAGCCUUUGUCUUCCGCUCCGUCCACCAAGCCAUGGAAAGUCUGUACACCCUAUUCUGCGAACCACCCACCAUCCCUAUCCUCCAGGCAGCCUUUGGCGUGCAGCUGUUCCUUACCUCUCUUCUACGGCUCAAUGCAGCUUCACGGGCCGGUGGAGUUAUUAUUCGGACAGCCUUCCAUUUAGGCUUGCAUCGAUGUCCCGUGCGAUUUUCGUUUAGUCGUCCAGAGAUAGCCACUCGCCGCCGUUUAUUUUGGUCUAUUUACUGUCUUGAGAGAUAUCUGUCUCAAGCACUGGGUAUUCCUCUCGGUAUCCAGGAUGAUGAUAUCGAUGUGUGCUAUCCGAACGCUGAAAUUCAUGGCCCAGUCGGCGAAGAUCACAGACUCUGCCUUCUCAGCCACCUCGCCAAAUUUGCGCGGGUCCGCGGACGCAUCAUUGAGCUACGCAAUAAAUCCAUCAUCCAUAGAGAGGAUUCCAUUGACGCAACCCAAGUUCUUCAUGGCGAACUCACCCACUGGUGGAACGAGGUUUACGACGAUGUCCAUCCACUCGAAUUCGACGAUGGGGGCCCUAGCCCAUCGACCUCCAUUGCACCAUUCCAUCGUGUUCUACUAACUGUUCUCCGUCACGAAGCCAUUAUUUCAAUGAACCGCCCGCUGCUGGCAGCCGAGGCAUCCUCUCCAGAAUAUCGUACCGCCUUACAAAUCUGUAUCGAAUCUUCACGGUCCCUUCUCACUACGUUACGGCAAUAUCAAUCCACGACAUCUGUGCCCCCCGUUCCUCUAGUAUGGCCAUCAUUCACCUGGGCCGUGUGGAUGAGCUGCCUAAUUUUAAUUUACGCCGCAUGGGAAGGCGAGUUUCCCACAUCCUCAGCAUCUAGAUAUGCCAAAAGUGGUCUCUCUGUCCUCGAAAGCCUUUCCCGUCGCGGAAACACCUGGCCUCAAACCUGCAUUGAAGCAAUUCGUGACCUGGACUCCGCUCUCACGACCCCAGAGCAGCAGAUCCCUAUACAUCCAACCAUCGCUGACAUCGACAAAAAUGAGAAUGAAAGGGAUCCCAACGCUUCUUCAGACACCCUAGACUCUGGAAUCCCGCUUGACCACCAUAUGCAACAACCACAUCCCUCGACGCCUGGAGAAGGACUUCUCCCAGUCGCAGCAAGCAACCAAUGGAGCAAUUCAUCCAUGAUAUUUGGAAACCAGGCGAUGGAUAACCUCGGCCCAGCUUCGGGGCUCGGGCUUGGGCUGGGUCUACCGGACUUCUCCCUUUGUCCUGGUAGUGGCGAAGAGGGCUUUGGUAUAGGCGAUUUGUGGAGUUUAGCAGAUGGUCCGUGGUUGAUCCAUGAGAGCUACAACCUCGCGGAGAAUGUACAAAAUACUGAUUCCAUAUUGUAA